AUGGUGGAAGAAUUCAUAGUUCCAGUGCUGAAAAUUGGACUCUCGGGUUCUGCAAUAUCACCAACUGAGGGGAUGGCCAUGACUGUCGUCGUUAACAAAUUGAAUGAUAUCAAAGAUAGGAUGAGAACUCUUAGAGCCACCAGCCCUAACAUUAGCUACGAUCUAAAGGGGAUUUUACUUUUGUGGAUGACUUCAUGUCUGGAAUUUGCAAUAAUACAUACUUUCGCAAAUGAAUAUGAUGGAGUUGCUUUGCUUGAUUUCAAAAAUCAGCCCAUCGAAUGGAAGAGUAGUAAUUCUGAACCUGUAGGGUCAAAAGUUAGUUGGCUCCAUACCACCUUCCAUAGGAAACCUUACAUUCCUCACUGGAAUCAACCUCAAAAAAUUGGCUUCAAUGGUGAAAUUCCUCAAGAAAUUGGUCGCCUAUUGCGCCUGCAGCAUCUCAAUUUGACAUACAAUUUCUUGGGAGGAAAAAUUCCUACUGAUCUAACUGAUUGUACAGAACUUAAAACACUUGGCCUUGGUGGCAAUGGGUUUAUUGGGCAAAUUCCAAGCCAACUUAACUCAUUGUCAGAGUUGAGAAUUCUGGAGCUAGGAGCUAACAACCUUACCGGAACUAUCCCAACUUGGAUAGGAAUCAUACCUGAAGAACUUAGCAAGCUGUCGGGCUCGGGAAUUUUUCAGCUUUAUGGAAAUUGUCUGUCUAGUACGGUUCCUCCUCCGAUUUAUAAUAUUUCCUCCAUAUACUACUUUUCUGUCACUCAAAACCAGUUUCAGGGACAUCUACCGCAAGAUGUUGGCAUAACGCUUCCUAAUUUACAAGUAUUUGCUGGUGGUGUCAACAAUUUUACAGGUGCUAUCCCGGUAUCAUUGGCAAAUGCUUCUAAACGUCAGAUAAUUGACUUUGCUGAAAAUGGUCUUACUGGGACCAUACCUGAAAAUCUUGGAAGUCUUGGAGAUUUAAUUAGACUAAAUUUUGAUGAUAACAAACUUGGAAACGGGAAAAGUGGUGACCUAAGUUUUUUCAAUUUCUUGACUAAUUUUUUUACUCUAGAAGUAUUAGGUCUUGCUGGAAAUCGUUUUGGAGGAGAACUGCCCAGCCCUGUAGCCAACCUUUCAGACAAAUUGAAAAUUUUUACCAUAGGAAGUAAUCUGAUUCAUGGAAGUAACCCCACUAGGAUUGGAAACCUUGUUAAUUUGUACUCUCUAGAAAUGGAAUGCAACCAUUUAAGUGGUACCGUACCUGAUGUUGUUGGGAAGCUUCAAAAACUAGAAGGAUUGCAUCUGAACUUUAAUAGAUUUUCAGGAUCGAUACCAUUUUCAUUUGGAAAUUUAACUUCAUUAAUUAGGCUCUUUAUGGAAGACAAUAGAUUUGAGGGAAAUAUACCUCCAAGCCUGGGAAAUUGCCAAAAUUUGCUUGUACUGAAUUUUUCUAUUGAAGUGGGUAACCUGAACAAUCUUGUGGAGUUAGACCUAGCAGAGAAUAGACUUUCAGGUGAAAUUCCUAAUAGCCUUACUAGUCGUAUGAAUUUAGAACGCCUGUAUUUGGAAAGCAACGGAUUUGAAGGAAUUAUUCCUUUAUCUUUGAAGUCUCUAAGAGGUCUAGAAGAAAUAGAUCUUUCGCGCAACAACCUGUCCGGGCAAAUUCCAGAAUUUCUCAGCAAGAUUUUUUCUCUGAGGCAUCUCAAUCUCUCUCAUAAUGAUUUUCAGGGAGAAGUAUCACAAGCAGGCAUAUUUGCAAAUGUAAGGGCUUUUUCCGUUGUUGGAAACAAUAGGCUUUGUGGUGGUGUCCAGGUCUUGCAUUUACCAACAUGCACCAGAAAAAUUCCAAGGAGACGUCUUCCUUCGAAGAUAGUAAUCUUUAUUACAAGUGCAGUCAUAUUUUUUGUUCUUGCCUGUUCCUUGUCUUCAUAUUAUCUAGUAAGAAACUUGAAGAGUCAAUCCAGUGCAUCAUCCUCCAAGGAACGGCAAUUCGGAAUUAUCUCCACUGAUGGAACAUUUGUUGCAAUUAAGGUAUUAAACCUUCAACAGCAAGGAGCAUCUAGGAGUUUUAUUGAUGAAUGCAAUGUUUUGAGAAAUAUGCAGUGCUUGCAUCCUGAAGCUAAUUGUGCAGGUAUGGAAAGGCAUGAACUAAGCCUUUGUCCAGAGACUUAA